AUGUCUGGAAUGCUUGAUGAUUCUAGUGACUAUCGUCAAUUGGAUACGCCCAUCAGUGUGAUGGCUGCCAGUGGACAAAGACUCCAAGCAAGAGGUGUUGGCCAAAUCUGUAAGAUUCUCGCUGGUGGUUGUAGUGUCAAGCUCACGGAAGUGCUCCAUGUCCCGCACCUGGAGAGCAAGCUAGUAUCGAUGACCGCGUUGACUGCGCACGGGGUUAUCAUCCAAUUUGAUACUCAUGGUGCAUCGUUAAUGAUUGAUGAGAAAGUGAUUGCUCGAGUUCCUCGUAUUGGUAAACUGUAUGUAUGGCACGUUGGCCAACAUGCACUCAUGUUGCAGGCGAAUGCAAGAGAAGAGUUGAAUGGUGGUGGCACGACCUAG